AUGAUGAUGCAGUUUUUGCCUCUUACAGAAUGUGUACCACUCCUCGCGAGCCAAUAUGCUACUACCAAAAUGUCUAACACCGGAAUAGAAUACAACGAGCUGAACGACGGGACGCGAGAAAGCCACGACAGUCCGAGCCAUACGUCCGAUACGGCGUAUGAGUCAUGCCUUAGCCCCUUGCACCCCGGUGAUAGCGGGAGCUUCAGUGCAACCAACUCGUGCGCAAUCUGCUGCGAUCGGGCCACAGGCAAACACUAUGGGGCCGCGUCUUGCGAUGGAUGUAAGGGUUUUUUUCGGCGUAGUGUUAGGAAAAAUCAUACAUAUUCCUGUAGAUUCUCACGAAAUUGCGUGGUGGACAAAGACAAACGCAACCAGUGUCGGUACUGUAGACUGAAAAAAUGUUUCAAGGCUGGUAUGAAAAAAGAAGCUGUCCAGAAUGAGCGAGAUCGGAUCAGCUGCCGCAAACCGAGCACGGAUGAUAAGAACACCAUCAACGGACUGUCGGUGAAGUUUCUGCUGCGGGCGGAAAACUUUAGCCGCCACUUCGGGGCCGCCCUGGACGAUACGAAUGAUGCCGACGAGGGCGACCUGUCGUCAAAGCGAUUCGCCAGCAUCAACGACGUGUGCGAUUCGAUGAAGCAGCAGCUGCUGAUAUUAGUAGAGUGGGCCAAAUCCAUUCCGGUCUUCGCCGAGCUGCAGCUGGACGAUCAGGUAGCGUUGCUGCGGGCGCACGCCGGUGAGCACUUGCUGCUGGGCCUAUCGCGCCGCUCGAUGCACCUGCAGGACAUGUUGCUGCUCGGGAACAACUGCAUCAUCACGAAGCAGUGCCCGGACGCAAACCUGUCGCCGAAUCUGGACAUAUCCCGCAUCGGGGCGCGUAUCAUCGACGAGCUAGUGAGUGCCAUGAAGGAAAUACACAUCGACGACUCGGAGCUGGCCUGCGUUAAGGCGCUAGUUUUCUUCGAUCCAAGUGCUAAAGGACUGAACGAACCCGCCAAAAUUAAAUCGCUAAGGCACCAGGUACUGAACAACCUCGAGGAUUACAUAUCGGAUAAGUUAUACGAGUCAAGGGGUCGCUUCGGAGAGAUUUUGCUACUACUCCCAGUGUUGCAGUCGAUCACGUGGCAGAUGAUCCAGCAAAUUGAACUUGCCAAAAUGUUCGGUGUGGCACACAUCGAUAGCUUGCUACAGGAGAUGCUGUUGGGAGGUGACGCAAUAGACACCUCGUCGACGAUAACGUCGCCCGUCAACAUCAUGAACACCAACAACAGUCCGUCGGACUCGUGCGACACAACGCAGCUGGCGUCGAUGGGCACGACGGUGGCCGAGCACGAACCACAAGACCCUCUGGUAGAAUUGUACAAAGAUGACAACGACAUCUUGCUCAUGUCCUCGAUGGACGCCGUAUCCGGCACGGUAUCAGCCAAUGGCUACUGCCAUCGCAAAGGUCCCGACCCGGCGACCGAUUCGCUAGGUACGCAAAUGCAUCCCUCAACGGUCGAGACUGGAGGAUCGGGAGAAUACAUGCAGCAGCAGCAGCAGCAGCAGCCGCAGCACCAUCCGGUUCAGCGACACUUCAAUGUUAGUGCGAGCGAUUCCACCGUGAACGAUAUCUACUUCCACGCGCCGACCAGCGUCGGUGCGUCAUCACUGCAGCUCGACUCGGACGUCACCAUGUACAACAACAAUAACCUAAGCUGCUGCCCGAGCGAGUUAACCACCGGAAAGGGCUGCGAGACGGUGAAGAUUGAGGCGAAACGUGAACCAGAGAACGCAUGAUUCCAAAUCUCUACACCAUUCACACUAAGCUAGCGGACCGUGCUGUGCAACAUGCAUGCGCAGCCGUUGUCAUAGUAACGCAAAGGGAAACACUACUGAUAUUUACGGUGCAAGAGGUACUAUACAGGCUACUACUAGGAUAGUUUUUUUCCCCCCGAUUUGAGUUUGCGUUAGGUUUUCCUUUUCUUUAUUUUUUUGUUGUUAUGGUAUUUUUUGUUUUCGUUACUUUCGGUCUCUUUGGUUAUGGGGCAAAUUAUCGCAAUAUUUGACAAGAUAAGUCCACGAUAAGAACGCGAGAAGCGAAAUGAUAAUUGAAGAUAAUACAACGGCCGUAUAUUUUUCUCGGCCGUUUUUGCGAGUUUGGCGGGUUUGUGGCCAAAAUGUUGCUGUUGUUUUAGGGUGCGGAGUAGUAGGGAGGAGUAAAAAACCGUUAGGUAGUAAUUAAACAUUAGGCGUAAAACGUAAAGUCAAACUCAUUCUGUGAGGCAGGAUUUUUUUUAUGUACAUACAGGUGCAUCGGGAGGUGAUUGUUAUACUCUUUUCUUAGGUAAGGUUUUCCCCUUCACGCUAACGUAAAGGAAGGUACCAUAGACUUGUUUUUCUUCUGUGUUUUUUUUCCUGGGACGAAAAGUGCAAAUAAAACGACUGUUAUUUCUGUUUCUGUUUCGGCCUAUGAUAAAUGCCAAAAAAGACAACUAUGUGUGUUUUUAUUGCUUUCAAUAAAAUGGACUGGUAUAA